CUAGUACCCAUCAUGUCGCUACACGAGUCACGUGACAGCACCCUCGAGUGCCGUCCAACCCACUGGUUCCACCGUCAGACCACUUGCGAGCGACGUCAGCGGAGCGUCAGCGCAUUCAAGUCGCCCGACUCCCUGCACAAGCUAAAAGAACAGCGAGGCACCCUGGCCCUAGCUGUCGAGCCCCUGUAUGCUGGCCUCGCCGCCACGCAAUCCGAGGACGGGGGCCUUGAUUACUGCAUCGCUCUCCACGACGGAACGUACACCAUCAACUGCGAAACCAGGCCUCUCGAGAGCGCGGGGAGCACAUGCGACUCCUCCAACGACUCCAACAAUGCUUCGGGCGACUCGACUCCCCAGUCGGUACAAGAUGCCUCGGAGGCACUGGUGAGCGCAUUCAUCGGCUUCCUCAGCAGCUACCGCGAGAAGAACCUCUCCAAGCCCAUGGGCGCUGGCUUGACGGCCCAGCUCAACCGCCUGAGCCCCCAUCUUGCCGUGCGCUUGUGGCAGGACCUUGACAUCGUACCCUUCAUCUUCCCCAACAUCAAAGACCAGCAAACGUCAAUUCCCCUAGAUCAGCAGGCCGAGUACAUGGCCAGGAAGACGGUCAAGCGCUUCAAUGUCAAGGGCGAGCUUCCGGUCCAGAUGGGUCAUCGGCGCCAGGUCCUGGUCGAUCUUGACGGGACUGUCAAGAUCACCGAACUAGAGAGUUACGACGACACAGUCAAGGCUGAAACCACGGGAACCGCAGUCAUGCACUAUGCCGACUCGCUGAAGAAGAGAAAGGUCAAGAUUGCUUUCUUCAACAGCACCGCCCAAGGCGGAGGAGUAGCCCUCAUGAGACACGCGCUGAUUCGAUAUCUGCGUCUUGUCGGCGUCGAUUGCAAAUGGUAUGUUCCUUUUGGAAAGGCCGAUAUCUUCCGAAUCACCAAAGACAACCACAACAUCCUGCAAGGUGUCGCUACAGACGGCGAGCGCCUCACCGAGGAAAAGAUGGCCAAACUCGACGCCUGGGUCUUGGAAGAGGCUGACAAGUGCCGCUGGUCCGAGUUUGGUGGCCCGCUCUCGGCCCGCGAGAAGGGUGGCGCUGAUGUGAUUAUCGUCGACGACCCUCAGAUGCCUAGCCUGGUCAAGAUUGCCAAAGAAAGAGACCCCAGUCGUCCCGUCAUCUUCCGCAGCCACAUCCAGGUUCGAUCUGACCUGGCCGAUCAGGAGGAGACAGCCACGUCUGAAGUGUGGAACUGGAUCUGGAACAACAUCAAGGACUGCGAUGUCUUCGUCAGCCACCCGGUACGGGCAUUUGUCCCCAAGAAUGUCACGCCAGAGAAGGUGGGAUACCUGCCUGCCACGACGGAUUGGCUAGACGGGCUGAACAAGCACCUGCACCACUGGGACGAGCAGUUCUACAUGCACGAAUUCAAGGUGCAAUGCUUCGCGGCAGACAUGCGCCAGCUGGCUCUUCCCGAUCGGAAAUACAUUGCCCAGAUUGCCCGUUUCGACCCGGCAAAGGGCAUCCCCGACGUGCUCGCAUCUUACGCUCGCUUGCGCAACGUGUACAUGAAAGACAUGCCUCUGGCCGACAUGCCACAGCUUGUCAUUGCCGGUCACGGCGCCGUCGAUGACCCUGAUGCCACCAGAAUCUACAAGGCGACGGAAGAUGCGCUGGCGGGCGAGUACAGCGAAUUUAAGAACGACGUUGUCAUUAUGCGCAUCGGCCCGUCGGAUCAAAUGCUCAACACACUCAUGUCUUGCGCCCACGUGGCUCUACAGCUGUCGACGCGCGAGGGCUUCGAGGUCAAGGUCAGCGAGGCGCUGCACAAGGGCACUCCCGUGAUUGCCACGCGCGCUGGCGGCAUUCCGCUUCAGGUUGAGCAUGGCAAGUCUGGCUUCCUCGUCGAGCCUGGCGACCACGAUGCCGUUGCAAAGCAUCUGUACGAUCUCUUCACGGAUGCGGAGCUGCAUGCCACCAUGUCCGAGUACGCCAGCCACCACGUCAGCGAUGAGGUUAGCACUGUGGGCAACGCAUUGGCAUGGCUGUACUUGGCAGACGAGCUUGCCAAAGGCGAGACAGUCAGGCCCAACGGCCAGUGGAUCAACGACAUGGCUAGACAGAAGGCCGGUCUUCCGUACCAAGAGGGCGAGGACAUGCUGGUGAGGGACGUGGACAUGACGCGUAAUUGAAGCGAGGACUGAGGUAUGCCGGGAUGUGUAUGAUUACCAUGUAGUAUUUAAUGCGGGGGAGGCGGGCUGAUUACUCGGGGUAUGCAACAUGUUACUAUUCUG